CCAAGCUUCAAUUCCCUUUUCCCCUCCUCCCCUCCUUCCUCACUAAGGUUUCCUUGCUCCUGUCCUGCUGCUCCUGCAGCCCCUUUUGCGUGCCAUCUUCAUUGCAAGAAUCUAUUGCUCUCCAAGCCCUUCACCUUCCUUGUGUUCUUGAUUUCCUUUCCCAGCCUUGCUCUUGUGAUCUUCAGUCUUUGUUGUCCAAGGCAGAAACUCUGUAAGAACUUUUCCACUGAAAAACAAGAUUUCCUGGGGAGACUCUGCCAAAAUUUUUACCUGCCAUCAAGAUGAUACAAGAGACAUUUAUUUUUGUACAUCAACUUGUUUGUGUGGUAAAACAUUAUAACAUUUUGGCCUAUUGAUCAAUGAUAGACUGAAGGGGGAGGUCGUGGCUUGUUAGAUGUCAAAAAUCCUCUCCGAGGUCAUCCUCUCUGGAUUUAUGAUCAACUGGACGCUCCGGCGAGGCUCCCAUCUUGUUCUCUCCUUCUCCGUUGUGUUCCUCUACUGGUUCUAUGUUUUUUCAGUAAGAUCCUAGCCACCACAAAAUCUCAUCCAUUAGAUCAUUCAAAUACAUAAGUAAUACAGCCAUAUUCUACCUAUACUUCUUGGAAAUUAUAGCCUCUAAAUAGACAUACUGGGGGUGACAAUAGUGCGAAGAUAUUUUUCUGGGUGAAGCACUAAGGUACUCAGAAUUUGUUGAGGAUGACUCUGUCAGGUGGGACUCUUUCAAGUGGGACCUCGUCCGACUCGAGCCAUGGGACCCGUUGCUACGGGGCAGAGGGUGACAUGGAGCUUCAGGCCCGUAUGGAGCUGAAGAGGAAGAGAAGGAUGGAGUCAAACAGAGAGUCAGCAAAGCGGUCGAGGCAGCGGAAGCAACAACAUCUCGAUGACCUUAACUCGCAGGUGGACCAGCUGAGGAUGAAGAACCAGCAACUCAUCACAGCACUGAGCAUCACUGCCCAGAAUUACGCGGCAACAGAAGCCCAGAACUCGGUGCUGCGCACCCAGAUGACAGAGCUGGAGGGCAGGCUGUGCGCGCUGCGUGAGAUCAUAUGCCACAUGAAUGCAAACCAGUUUGCUAAUGCUGCAACAGUCACCAAUCCAUCAACUAUAAUGGGUGCAACUACAAAUUACGACGCUUUUGGUGCAAGCGCAUGGAACUCACGGAUGCCGAUGGUGCAGCAGCCCAUAGAUCACUUGCUGUACCAGUGCUUCUAGCUAGGAGGUGGUAGAGGCCAAGAGAAACAACGCAUCAGGUAUUGUGCAUGGUGAAGUGCUGUAGGGAAAUUGUGUCACCAGUGAUGUUUGCCUUUUGGUUUGUUUUGUAAUGUGUUGUGGGUGCAAGGGAAAGGUGUGUGUUGGGCUGUUAGCUUUUUGCUCAUGUUGCUGGUAGAGAAAUAUCAAAUUGGCGAGUGGCAAGUCUUCUGCAUGGUGUGAGGUGGUGGUUGUUUGGUAGGUGAGGGGAGCAGGAUAUGGGUGGCCAUGGGAGUCAGAAGAAUUGGCAUCUUGCUCUUCACUCUUGCUAAUUGCAAUGAUGAUAAAUUAUUAUGUGCAAUGUCAAAAAUUUGUUUUCUUGAUUCA